GCUAGGAGAAAUGUACUGUAGUGUAGUUCUGCUUUCAAGGCAGGAGAAAUGUACUGUGUAGUGUAGUUCUGCUUUCAAGACUGGAGAAAUGUACUGUGUAGUGUAGUUCUGCUCCUGAAGCAGGAGAAAUGUACUGUGUAGUGUAUUUCUGCUCUUAAGGCAGGAGAAAUGUACUGCAGCCAUGAUGAUUUCCAAUGUUUAAUGUACUGUACACAGGGUAUUGCUGUUCUUUGGGCAGAUACUGUAUAUACUGUAAACAUACUAUAGGUGUGUGUCUCACAUCUUCAUACGGUACAUUACUUCUCUUGGGGCAGGACAACAGCUCCACAGGUCUUGUGGUUCCAUAAGUUUAUUAUUAGUCUUCUGUAUACAAGGUAAAGCUGCUCUUGGGACGCAAGCUCUACUCCUGUCACCUGUAAUACUUCCUAAAGUUUAGAUUUAUGGUACUGUUUAAAGAGUAAUCUUGGGGCAGGAUACAGGGGAGUACAGUAAAUAUAUUUGCAUAUUUUGCUCUGCUAGUAGCCUAUCAACCUCCUACAUAGAGUGUAAUGUUUCUCUUAUGGAGGGAGUACUGGCAAUAGGGGUGGACUGAUACACUCAACCCACGAUUUGAUUCAAUUCAUGACACUCAGUCAAGAUUCAGGAUUCUUAUAUUUUGAACAGAAUUUGAAAACUUAGGACUAUGUUUAUGUUGUUGCACAACUUUCAAAUAACACUAGAGCUGGGAUGCAGGAGGAGUGCUGGAGCAAGGUGAAGAUUGGUGCUGACUGCUUAAAAGCUUUCGUGUUUAACCAGUGUAGUUGCAUUAGACGGCAUAAAUAAAAUGUCCAUUCUCCUUGAUGUAUUGCGGAUUCUUAGUGAUACAUUCGUAGUCUGCAUAGUACUUAGACCAUAAAUUCUUAUGAUGUCUGAGCUGAUACCAACUACUAUGUAUAUAAAUUAACACCAUGUUAACAUUUGUCCUCAAAUAUAACAUAUUGGUUGUGUCAUAUGUUUAAGGAAAUAGUGUGACAUCUGUCAAUCCUUUCCUUUAUUUAUGUCUUCAAAGAAAUUUCCGCUGUCACAGAGACAAAUGAAUGGUAAGCAUGAAUGUUUUUUCAUGUGCAUGUGCCUUUUUAAUAACAUACCAUGUAACAUUUUAAAAGUUUGGUGUAUGUUUGGUGUAUGAGAUAAAUGUAUAGUAAUUGUUAAAACAAAAGCUUACACCUUCUUUACCAAUGCAGUCUUACAAACCAGUCUGGAGGACUGCAAAGGGACACCAAAAUUGGAAGUGUUGGGCCCUAUCCUCUUUACAUGGGAAGCUUUGAAUCCCUUGUGGAAUGCAACAAAGUAUCUGAUGAGAUCAUGGAUGCCUUGUUUCAUCUGUUCAGCUUGAGGCGACCAGGUGUAGUGGCAAUUAAUACUCAUACCCUGACUCAUAUUCUGGAUGGGAAAGCAAGGGUAAGGAGCCGUUAUUUUAUCAAGAGAAACAUCUUUGAAAAUGCAAAGGAGGUUGUUGGUCCCUAUUUGGAGGGUGGCAACCAUUGGACUUUUUUUCACUGCAACAUUGUGGAUCGGAGUAUAACGUACCUUAAUUCACUUGGGGAACAGGAUAAGCAGUAUUAUAAAAUAGCACAAAAUUGGAGCACAUUUGCUGCAGCAAAAGGCUACCAGGGACCAUGGAAAAGGUCAAGAAGGAGUCAUACCCUUCAGGAUGACAGUAUUUCCUGUGGUGUUUUCACAGCUGUGUUUGCUGAGACCUUUCUGCGAGGGGAUGAGGGAAAUAUUGCGUGUCCACCUAUACAAGGAGAGAGAGAAAGACUGGGAUUGCUACUUCUCAGUUCACUUGAUAGGUCAGGUAUUUGUGGUAUCUGUCACAAGAUGGCGUCUAAGAAGAACAAGGAAAAAUGCUCUACUUGUUCAGCACGUAUCCAUGCAAAAUGUCUUUCUGGAAGUCAAGAGGACAAGUGUCUUGUUUGCAAAGGGCAGAAUAAUGGAGGCAGCAGUAGCAGAUACCUCACAGGAAUUCAGGGAGAAGACAGCACAGGGAAAAGUAACAGAGACAACACAGGAAUUCAGGGAGAAGACAACACAGGGAAAAGUAACAGAGACAACACAGGAAUUCAGGGAGAAGACAACACAGGAGAAAGUAACAGAGACAACACAGGAAUUCAGGGAGAAGACAGCACAGGGCAAAGUAACAGAGACAACACAGGAAUUCAGGGAGAAGACAGCACAGGGCAAAGUAACAGAGACAACACAGGAAUUCAGGGAGAAGACAACACAGGAGAAAUUAACAGAGACAACCCAGGAAUUCAGGGAGAAGACAGCACAGGGCAAAGUAACAGAGACAACUCAGGAAUUCAGGGAGAAGACAACACAGGGAAAAGUAACAGAGACAACACAGGAAUUCAGGGAGAAGACAACACAGGACACAACCAAGAAGAUCAGACAAGGGGAUUUCUAGUGGAAAGUGUUCUAAAAGUUUCAGACUUUCACCAGGCCAAGAGAUACCUAGUCACUGCAGAUGAACUGCGAAGGAGAUGCUCCCUACCAGAGAGCUACUCUUCAAACACUGUAGUGGCUUAUCUAAGGAAGGCCAAGGGACAAAAAAGAAACAUUGAAGAGAAGUUAGCAGAGUUGGAAGUCAAGCCCUCAAAGCGCACAAAGUUAACUUCACAGUGCUCCAAACUUUGUGAAGAUGAAUGCAAUGACCUGGCUGGUGACAUAAUGUACCUGGCAGCAAAAUUCAUCCCCCAGAAAAGAGUGGGUCAAGCAUUGAUGGAAGAUGGCAAUGUCCAUGCUGCCAUGGCCAAAACUGAGGACUGCAGGAAGACAUUGAAAGCUGUAAAGAAUGCUUUGGAGACCAAUUGGGAAACAUUUGACCUGGCAACACAUGGUCUUGGGCCUGCUGUUAUAAAAGGCACUUUUGCAUUAAUUGAUGCAUGUCUUAACGAGAAAAUGAGAGUGUUGAAAUCAAAAGUUUCCACAGAUGAGUAAGUUUAGUUUUUACCUACUUUAUUUUGUAUUUGCAAAUAUUUGUUUUCAUAUGCUUGUUUAUUUUUAUGAGUACAUUGUUCAGGACAGGUACAGAAAAAAAAAUGUGUUAAAGAGGAGUACUUUUUUCCAUUUUGCUGUAUAUUUGCAUUUAAUUAUACAAAUUCUCUUUUUAUUUGUAUGAGUACACUGUUCAUCAGUACAGGAAAAAUAAACAUAAAAAGACAUGAA